UCUCAGCGCAACCACUUGUUGUUUUACUGCGUUUCAAAGAGAUACGACAGUGAGAGAGUAUCAUGGCCCACGAACUUGCCCAAACCGAAGUUGUGGAAUUCACGAAGAUCUUCACAACAUUCGACAAAGAUGGCGACGGACAUAUUAGGAAAUCAGAGCUGAGAGAAAUACUGGUCACACUCGGACACGAAGCAACAGAUGCAGACAUCGCAACACUGAUCGCCGAAGUUGACACGGAUGACGACGGUGCUAUUAAUCACGCGGAAUUCUUAGCGCUGAUGGCCAAAAAGAUCAAAGAGCCUAUCACCGAUGAAGAACUUGCUAACGCAUUCAAGGUAUUCGAUAAAGACGGUAGCGGACUGAUUAGCGCAGCUGAAAUUCGCAGUGUUUUGGCAAAUCUCGGUCUGCAAAUGGCAGACGCAGAUGUGGAAAAAUGGAUUCGUCUAAGCGACCACAGCGGCGACGGGCAAGUUGAUUACAAAGAAUUCGUGAAAAUGAUGCAAUAGGAUUGACAUAUGAACUGACCUAUGGCGCUAAUAUCUAUACUGUAGUUUGUUGCACUUCAUUUCAAAUAUGGCUGCUCGGACCCGGAUGUACCGCCAUCUUGCUGAACAGUGAACCCGUCAAGGAUUUGACAGUGUUUCGCACUUUGGUCAAGUUUUUAUUGGCUAUUGUUACAAACUAUGACUGUCUAUGAAUUCCUAAUAUAAUUGGCUAACUAUAUCAUACAGUAUUGACCUAUGGCAGCUAUUAUUCAUAUGGUAAUUAGUAAUUUAGAUGUAGCCAUUUAUUAAAUAGCCACAAUUUAAAUAUAUUAAUAAAUAAUACAUUUAAAUUGCAACAUAUAUAAUAAAUUAAAUCACCCAAAUCAGCUGUGUUAAAAACAACAUCCGUAAUUUGUCAGUUUAAUAGCAUCUAUCAAUAUUCGACUGGCAUAAGGAGCACAGGUAGUUAGUACAAUGAAUAUUUAUUUAUUUUUGGUGGCGGUGUUUUCAAAACUGAAUAAACAUAUGGUUACCUGCAA